ACGUGUGGGUCGAUCGCCUUCCUCGGUCCAACGGGAGUCGUCCGUCCCCUGCUACCCUAAUAAAUCUGGAGCUUCUCACGAGAUUGUUUGCCCCACAAAUCUUAGAAAAAAAGAGGAGGAAUAGAAGAAGAACGCCGAUCGAGGUCGGCGCUUUUAUCUCUUCAGUCGCCAUUUUUUCAGAUCGGGAUCGUGCAAAAUCCUUCUAGAAUUGAUUCUGGGAUAUGGCAGGAGGAUUCAGAGUGCUCCAUCUUGUUAGGCCAUUUUUGGCUUUCCUGCCUGAAGUUCAAAGUGCUGAUCGAAAAAUUCCAUUUAGAGAAAAGGUCAUCUACACUGUUAUCUCUCUCUUUAUCUUUCUCGUUUGCAGUCAACUUCCACUUUAUGGCAUCCAUUCAACCACUGGAGCCGAUCCUUUUUACUGGAUGCGUGUUAUUCUUGCCUCAAAUCGUGGAACUGUUAUGGAGCUUGGAAUUACUCCAAUAGUGACUUCUGGGUUGGUGAUGCAACUGCUGGUUGGUUCCAAGAUCAUUGAAGUCGAUAACAGUGUUCGAGAGGAUCGUGCUCUUUUAAAUGGUGCGCAAAAGUUACUUGGUAUUCUAAUUGCCAUUGGAGAGGCAGUUGCAUAUGUUCUAUCUGGAAUGUAUGGCAGUGUCAGUCAACUUGGGACUGGGAAUGCUAUUCUCAUUAUCCUUCAACUUUUCUUUGCUGGCAUCAUUGUCAUCUGUUUGGAUGAACUUUUGCAGAAAGGAUAUGGUCUUGGAUCUGGUAUUUCUUUGUUCAUAGCUACCAAUAUCUGUGAAAAUAUAAUUUGGAAAGCAUUUAGCCCGACAACCAUCAAUAGUGGGCGUGGUGCUGAAUUUGAAGGUGCUGUUAUUGCCCUAUUCCAUCUACUGAUUACCCGAACAGACAAAGUUCGUGCCCUUCGCGAGGCUUUCUAUCGUCAGAAUCUUCCAAAUGUGACCAACUUACUCGCUACAGUAUUGGUUUUUUUAAUUGUCAUUUAUUUCCAAGGUUUCCGGGUUGUGUUGCCUGUGAGGUCGAAGAAUGCUCGAGGGCAGCAAGGCUCUUACCCUAUCAAGUUGUUCUACACCUCCAAUAUGCCCAUCAUCUUGCAGUCUGCUCUUGUCUCAAACCUUUACUUCAUCUCCCAGUUGUUAUACAGGAGGUACAGUGGAAAUUUCCUCGUCAACCUGCUGGGUAAGUGGAAAGAAUCAGAGUAUUCUGGUCAAUCCAUUCCUGUUGGCGGUUUAGCUUACUACAUCACUGCUCCAUCAAGCUUGGCGGAUAUGGCAGCGAAUCCAUUUCAUGCACUUUUCUAUAUAGUCUUCAUGCUCUCAGCUUGUGCACUUUUCUCCAAAACUUGGAUAGAAGUUUCUGGAUCCUCUGCAAGGGAUGUAGCCAAGCAACUUAAGGAACAACAAAUGGUUAUGCCGGGUCAUCGCGAGUCCAAUUUACAGAAGGAACUGAACCGCUACAUCCCUACUGCUGCAGCAUUUGGUGGCGUGUGCAUUGGUGCACUGACAGUUCUAGCAGAUUUCAUGGGUGCAAUUGGUUCGGGGACUGGAAUCCUUCUUGCUGUUACGAUCAUAUAUCAAUACUUUGAGACCUUUGAGAAGGAGAGAGCUAGUGAGCUCGGGUUCUUUGGCCUGUGAUCUUGUAGUUCUAAUGAAAUGCUCGUUUAAACUGAAACCGUUGUUAGUGAAUCUUAAUUGAGUUCCAUGCUUAAAUGUAAGCUAUUUCUGAAACUUUCUUUGGCAAAGGCUAUGUAAGAUCUACUCUAGUCUAGUCAGGUAUGUGUACACUAACGACAGUUGGCCCCGUUCUAAAUUGUAUUUAUACCUUAACUUCUAA